UCUCUUUCCUCGCCCUCGCCUCUCUCCGGAUUCCCAACGCGCGGCGGCGGCGUCUCCAGUCCAGGCUAACCCUAGUCAUCGGCCGCCGGCGCGCGCUCCCUUCCCUUCGCUUCUUUCGCAGAGAUAGGCUAUGACUAUCUAGGGGCUUCCUCUUGGGCUACUGGUCGUGGCCGCUGAUAUAGGAAGCUUAAGGGGUCGAGGUGAAUGGCGCCAUCCACAUCCCAGCGAGAGCACAGCGGUGAGGCUAGCACCAGCGGAGGGCCCUCAAAGCCAAAGGACAAGGAUCGGCCAAGGUCCUUUGACGAGAAGACUCGUACCGCGUGCUGGCGAAAGGCGGCCGUGCUGGCAGGGCGACACCCCGAGCGGUGGCGGCUGGACGCGGCCGGUAACAUAGUGUGUCGCCGCUUCUGGAGCUGCCACGGCUGCCUCUGCUAUGAAUACGACCACAUCGUCCCAUUCUCCAAAGGAGGGGAGUCUACUGUUGACAAUUGCCAAAUCCUUCAGACUAGGGUGAACCGGUCCAAGUCUGAUAAAGCAUGGGUGGAGCAGGCGGAGAUGAAAGGCUUUUCAUGCGAUGUCAAGUUCACCGAUAAGGAGCUUGAUGUAAUCGAGAUGGCUGUCUAUGGGGAUGUCAUUCGUCCUGGCAAACAAUGUCGUUGCAAGACAGUAGCUGAGAUGCUCGGACAGGUGAAGCCAAAGAAUCAAAUGGCUGCUUGUGACUUACCAUAUGAUGAUGCCUCUUAACAUGAAGACCAUUCACACCCGUAUCCUUCUCUCGGGGAGUGCAGUCAUUGUUGAAUGAUUGAUUACAUUCUAUUAUGAACAUUCGGUUGUCAUCAAUGUCUAGCACAAAAAAGGACAGCGAACGUCUCUACCUCAUAGCUGCAGUUGAACACUGUUAUAUUGUGCUAGUCAGUGUGCUGUUGUAUUGUGCUAGUCAGUGUGGAAACCAGAAUAUGACAGCGGACAUACUUACGUAACUGUAGAAUUGCUAACAUUCGUAAUAACACCAUGAGGAGUGGUGUCUAAAUAUUGUGUUUGUUGUGAUCUCUUGUUUUGCGUA